AUGCGGGCCUGCAAUCUUGAGGAAGGGUGCUUUCAAACCAGUUCGCGGGGCCAGCCAGAACCUUGCCCGACCCGGGAGUCUGGCCAGAAACCUGAGCGGGAAGGAAUGUCCUCCCGGAAGGAGCUGGUAGAGCACAGCGCCGGGGACACGAGGCCCCAGGAGAGCAGGAAGGGGCCCCCCGCCCAGGGACAUGCCCCCGCGGUGGGGCCGCUGUUCUCCAUGGCCCUCGUGAAUGUCCUCCUCUGCCUCUUCUGGACCAGCUCUUCAUCUGGCCCUGGCGCUCCGCGGAGGACCCUGGCCACUACCCACCCCCGCCCCGACCCCCGGCCACUUCAGCUUGGGGCAGAUGACCAACUGCUCCCCGCGGCUGUCCUCGGAGCAGCUGAGGACAGGCGUGCGGCAGCUGAAGCGUGUCAGGGAAGGAGCAGAGCAAAGAGUGUUUCUGUCCGAGUGGAAGGAACGCAAGGUGGCCCCGUCGAGGCUCACCAGGCUGGCGGCUCCCUGGGCAACCUGGAGACGACGCUGAAUCUCUCCAAGUACUGCAGCCUGUGGCCGUACAGGCUGCAGCUGGCCCUGGGCAACCUGGCCGUCCUCCACUUCCCGCACCCCAGCCCCCUGCGCACGCUGCUCAUGUGCGACUCCAGCGACCUGUCCAAGACCCUGCCCCAGUACCCGCUGGUCGCCAACUUCGGCCUCGUGCUCAGUGACCUGGACACGUCGCCCCUGGUGAACCGCAGCGAGACCUUGGUGAAGUGUGGCUACUGGGAGCUCCGUGGGGACUUCGUCGCCCCAGAGCAGCUGUGGCCCUUGGGAGAGGACGACCUUCAAGGACGACCUCAUGCCCACCUAUGA